UGUGUUAAAAGAACUACAGGAAGAGAAAAGUCAACAGCGGCAUUUCGGUUCAGUCGACAGGACUUAAUGACAUGUGAAGGAAGAACAGCCAGGAGCAGGCUGCAGGAGAGUUACUGAACAAGUGGACUGCGUAGAGUUUUUGCACAAACACUUAAUAAAUUAUCUAUAUUUCUACAACCCGGUUCUUGACUGGUCUCCUGUCUUCUGAAAGAUUUACAACAAUAUAAACCUUUACAAGGGAUCUGGGAUGAUGCUUCCCACAUCUAAACUACCACAGCUUGGCCUGGUAGUAACUUGUUGGCUUGGAGGACUUUUAACUUGUUUGUUGUUUUUACAGUAUAACUCACCAAAAUGCGCACCUCAAUACAUUCCUCCGUUCAAGCCCGACAAUAACAAGAGCGUAAACUUCUCGAAACCCAUUUCGACCACAUCUGGUCAGCCCAAGGAGGAAAAACCCAUCCUGCUGCUGUGGUUCUGGCCUGAAAACUACAGGUGGAACUUUCAAGACUGUAAGACCAUAUACAACAUCGACGGCUGCCAUUUGACCGAUGACAGAAACCUUUACAACCAAGCGGAUGCGGUCCUCAUUUUCCACAAAGCUAUCAAACACGAUCUCUCCAACCUUCCGCCGUCUCCCCGGCCACCUUUUCAAAAAUGGAUCUGGCUCCAUGUAGAAUCGCCGACCAACACGCCAAGGAUCCCAGGCGUGGAGAACCUUUUUAACCUCACGCUGAGCUACAGACGGGAUGCGGACAUUUCUGUGAGAUAUCCACUCACCGUCAGCAAAAAGCCAAACGAGGACUUUGUGAUCCCGAAGAAGGACAAACUCCUCUGCUGGUUCGUGUCCAACCUUGCCCCUAGUACGGGGAUAGGGACCAGGAUGAGCUACUACAACGAGUUAAAGAAGUACAUCACCGUGAGAAUUUUUGGAAGAAUGUCUGGAGCGCGCAUGAAAGAUGAAGACUACUUCCCCACCAUGUCUACCUGUAAGUUCUACCUUUCUUUCGAGAACUCCGUCCACAAGGACUACAUCACAGAGAAAUUAAACGGUCCUCUUGCAGCCGGGACCGUCCCUGUCGUCUUGGGGCCGCCGAGACAAAAUUAUGAAGACUUUGCUCCGGGUAACUCCUUCAUUCACAUUGACGACUUCCCUAACGCUGAAGCGCUGGCUAAUUAUCUGCUCAAGCUGGACAAAGACGAUGAAGCUUACAAACGCUACUUCGAUUGGAGAAAACACGUGAGAGCGACUCCGCAUCUGACCUAUUGGAAUCAAGAGUUCAUCAUAUAUAUCUGCCACGCCUGUGAAUACAUUGGAAGGCACAGAGAGUACAAAGCUGCACAUGACAUCUACAAGUGGUGGUUUUCAUAAAGAAGACCUUGAACACUAUCAUUAUAUAUCAUUGGCUUAGAUUUCUUUGCGAGUUGAUAAUGAUUCCCGAACCCUAGCUCUAUUAAGUAAUUCCCUAUACUUUGUGAUCAUGUUAUCAUUCAAGAGUCACUCUACGAUGCCACAGGGUGGGCUAUUAUCAAAUAGGUAAAAUAUUACGGAUGUCAUCACUGCAUUCAAUAAGUGAAGUGAAUGUUAAUUUAUUCCUCAUUAUACGCACUGUGUAUUUCUAAGUUAUUUAAAACAUUGUUUUUAUAAAGUUAAUGGAAACAUUACAACAUUUGUGAACAAAACAACAACAACAACGUUAAAACGUUGUACAGUUGCUGUAUAAAUAUGUACAGAUUCAAUUUAAAAAAAAGUUGGAGUUAAGUGUUUCCAUAUUACAUCACACAAUAAAAUUAUAAACAAUUUAAGAAAUGAACAAAACGUAACAAGCUACAUAUAACAUAUACAUAUAAGGUUUUCUUUCUUUCUUUUUUUAAAAAAAAUAUUAAUUGUAGUCAGUGAACAUUUACUUUUAUAAUUCAGUACGUUUACAUGGACAACAAUACUCCACUAUUAACCUGAUUAAGACGAUACUCUGAUUAAAAAACUAGCGUGUAAACAGAAAUUUUUAAUCAUCUUAAUCCGGUUAAAGUCAUACUCGAAGUAAACACAAAUGGAAUUAAGGCGUGUCGAGUACUCCUAUUUUAGUCGCAUUAUCGACGUGCGUUUACAGACAUGUAAACGCCUUAAUCACACCAUUAACGUCGUGUGAGAGUUUUCACCGCAUUUUGCGACACUACACGUACACGCACGUCAGCGCUCAACCGUUUUACGGCAAACAAGAGAGUUCGGGUGCGUCUCAAACUGCAUACUUGCGUACUAGUAGGUGAAAUACAUGCAUCUCGGCUACUAUAUAGAAGGUAAGUACGCGGUUUGAGACGCACCCCACAGCUUCAAGCAGUAGUCUAUUAGCACGUUACAGCAUGACGGAUAAUUAACCGCACUGGAAGCGUUCGUAAAAAUGAAAAAUAGAAACACCAAAAACUAUAUAUACGGUAUCAUAACGAAGACCAACUGUAUGUCGAUACGGGGAAUUCUGCAGGGACGUCGGGCGUCGUGGCGCGGUGAUGUAAUGACGUGUGCUGUUAAUCUAAUUAUGUUCUAAAACGGGUAAAACGGGUACAUGAAAGGAGAAUUCUAAAAGCGACUCAUGUAAACACUUUAAUCACAUUAUUAUCUUACUCAGAGUAAGGACAUUAAUUAGAUCACGGCUGUCCAUGUGAACGUAGUCAGUGUUCAUUUUUAAUUGCGUACAGUCGCUAACAAUUUGGAAUUUUUUUUUUCAUGUAUUAGAACAAUAAAUGUAUAAACACCGUCUAUGAAUUAUACUGGCUUACAACUUACAUAGAACAGAAUUUUUUUUAUUUAUUUAUUUUUUUUUUUUAUAAAUAUAGCACUCAGUGGUCAUUUUUUAAAAUAUAUAUUUUAAUCAUUAAUAAAUAGUAUAGUUGAUUAAUACUUACGCACAGGUCAUUAUUAUUAGUGAAACAUGUCGUACAGUACACCACAGGGCAUGAUAAUGAAUAGUUAAAAUUUAAGACUAUCAACAAAUUACAUUAUUAAAAAUGGAAAUACUCAGGAAUUAGUACCACAUACAGAAAAAAAUAUAAAAAAAACAGCAAACAUUACAAGCACCGAUGUCACACUGAAAAUUAUUUAUUUAUUUGAUACGGUUAAACAUGAAGGUUCUUCUGCUACGUGGUUUCUAUGUAAGAUUGUUCUUAGUAGUGUAAUAUUAAUAAUAACGAAUGACUUCAUGAUUAUGCUGGAUUAUUUAUACCACGAUAAAGAGGCUAAUCUUGAUCGAAAAGCUCAAACCGCACCUGCUAAAGUACUCCUGAAGGACUAAACGUCGACAGUGUCGGGUUGAAUAAAACUCAGGAACUCAUGAACGUGCAGGACUUUUGCAAGAAAACGAACUAGGACAAACAGGAGAAUAAUAAUAAUAAGAAGAAUAAGAAUAAUAAUGAAGACAGCAGACUGACGGCUUAGAACGCACAUAACAUAACUAUCAUUUCGGUUUUAGCUUCUGUGUGUAGUUUAAUAUUGAGUGUUUGGUUGGGGAGUGGAAAGUUAUUGUUUGUUUGGGUUUUUUUUUUCUCUUUCUUUCUUUCGAAGAAUGCUGUGCCUUAUUUGUAACUACAAAGAAUUUGAUGUUCACUGAGUGAAUGAAACUCUGAGUCAUUGCGUCAUUUCCUAUCAGAGAAGGAACUCUGGACUACAGUUCCCUGCAGCCACUGGAACUCAUUGCAUCAUAGUCACAUGACCACCAGAAUCACAUUCGAGCAGUUCUGUGUACUGUAUAUUAGCCAGAGUUUGUACUGCACUCCUUGUCUAAUGUUUGACUUUCUUUAGCGUUAUCUCCGUUGCUGUAUUUAUGGUCUUUGUUGUAUGUUCAUUCCUAGCCGUGGUGUUUUUUGCCACUGGUUCUAAGUUCCAGGUUUGUCUUUGGUUGUGUUCAUAUUAAACGCUUUCACUUAUUUUCUCCA